AUGCAUUCCGGUGGAUUAUCUCUUCCCGGUCUUCUCUGCGGACUUCUUCUUCUUCUUUCACUCCUCCUCGCGGGUGGGGCGGUGGGGGGCCAGGCCGCGAUGCCGAGAGGGAUGCCCAUCCCAAUGCCCAUCCGCCUCGAGGCCGCCCUCGCCCAGUCCUUCACCACCAGCAUCGUCUCGAGCCGCUACGGUGUUUUCAGCGCCACUCUCGACCUCCGCGCCUCGCCAAACUUCCCAGAACGUCUGCACGGCGAAUUGAUUCCCGCAGGAUAUCAACAACUUAAACGCCCAGAGCAGAUACCACUUGAGCAUUUCAAUCACGCACGCAACGCACCACUCCCACCCUCCUCCGCCGCCUCGUUAGCAGCACUAUUAGCAGAAGCGAAGAAAAUAUCACAGUCAAAUUCUGAGGCAUCCUCCGAGACUGCUGCAAAGGAAGGUCCCCACCCAUCACUGCUCUCUCUGGAAGUACGACUUGAUUUUUCCGGUUCCACCGCAGGGACCGUCUCAUUCACAACACUUCCCCCCACAGACAAGCGUCACAGCAUUGAGAAUGAGAAUAAUAAUGAGGAAGAGGAGGAUGAGGAGAAACCACCGACUGCCCAAGCUACUUUUGCCUUUCGUGGGGAAUCCAGUUCGAUGGCGUCAUCAACACUCAGUGAUAUCCCUCCCAUGGUGCGUGUUGCCACAGGUGAGGUAGUAACAAAUGAAGGAGCAAAGGGUACAUUUACAUUCAGACUCUUCUCAGAGCACGAGUUUUCCCUCACACUUCAGCUACCUGAGGGAAAGGAGGGAGUUGUAGAUCACAUUUGGGUCCAUGGAUACGCCACGCCCAAUGAAGCCCUUUUUCAACGCAAGACUGUAAACGAACAACCAUGGUGGUACACUUGGGCAUUUGCAAGUAUUGGAAUUCUCGUCUUUUCUAUGCAACUUUUAACAGCCUACGUGGAUGCAAAGCGUGAAAACAAUUUACGGAUGCAGCAAAGGAUGAUAGAUGCAGAAACAAAGGCCAAAAAACUUAAGUAA